CAGCUUUCUUGGCUGAGAAACAGCAAAUCUCCGACUUUGUGUUAAAUGUGCUCUUUACGCUUGUUCCUUGGAAAACGUUUGUCUUUUCUGGAUACGGCCGCAGAGAAACUGAGCGCAGCUUCAUCUCUGCGGAUUUUCUCAUUCUGCGGCAGAAACCUGCAUCUGGACCCCGAUUAAUUCCAGAGAGGAGAUUCCGAACCGGACCGAGCCGAGCCGAGACGAGCCGAGCUGAGCUAAGCUGAGCCGGGACAGAAUACAUACGGAGACAGACGGCUUCAUCUCCUCCUGCAGAGCCGAGCGGAGUCUUCCUCACCGUGGGGGGGAUGCAGAGAGUCCGGGAGGAUCUGGCCCAGGAUCAGUGAUGGUGGUCUGCGUUUCAGCCUUCCUGUGAGGUAAAUCCAACAUGGCUUCCUCGGCGCUGACGGCGUGCCUGUGCGUCCUGCUGCUGCCUGCUGUCACCGGUUUACAGUCCAAUGACGGGGAGGGCCGACUGUGUGCUUUCGCCAGCAGCCCCCAGGGGGCGGAGCCUGUUCCUGCUAAUGAGCAGAGAGGAGUGGUGCAGGAGAACGGCACGAUUCGGUGCAGCCGCGGCUCCCGCUGCUAUGGAUUGUGGGAAAAAAAAGCAGAUGGGGAAAUGCACCUGUUGAACCAAGGGUGUUGGACUCACCAGCAGGAGUGUCAGGGCGACCGCUGUAUCCUGGUAACAGCGGCGCCUUCCUCAGUGCAGGAAGCUAGCUAUCGUUUCUGCUGCUGCAGCCACGACCUCUGCAACGCCAACUACACCGAGGCCCCGCCCACUGCUGACACCCCCGCCCUGAGGCCGAUGAAGACGGACAGCCGGGACGAGCAGACAGGUCACCAGCUGAAGCCAGAGGAGGCGGCGCUCAUCGCCCUGGUAACCAUCGCCAUAACAGCUAUCCUCAUUGUGGCGCUGUUCCUGGGAUACCGCAUGAUGAAAAGGAAGCACAAACAUCAUUUGUCUGCUGUGGAUGUGAUGGAGGCAGCAAACGCCGAGUCCUCCAUCGACCUGGACAACCUGAAACUGCUGGAGCUGAUUGGUCGAGGCCGUUACGGCGCAGUGUUUCGUGGUUGUCUUAAUGAGCGCUGCGUGGCCGUCAAACUCUUUAGCUCAGCUAACCGACAGAAUUACAUCAACGAGCGCUCCAUCUACUGCCUGCCGUUGCUGCAGCAGCACGACAACAUCGCCCGGUUCCUGACCGCAGAUGAAAGGAUGACAGCUGACGGACGCCCGGAGUUCCUGAUCCUCAUGGAGUACUACCCACAUGGCUGCCUGUCUCACUACCUGUCUCUCCACUCGGUGGACUGGCUGACCUGCUGCAGGAUGACUCACGGCGUGACCCGAGGCCUCGCCUUCCUGCACACCGAGCUGCACAGAGGAGACCAGCACAAACCGGCUGUCGCCCACAGAGACCUGACCAGCAGGAACGUCCUGGUCCGAGCCGAUCUGUCCUGCGUCCUCGCCGACUUCGGCCUGUCGAUGAGGCUGACGGGACCCCGGCCCUGUCGCCCUGGAGAUGACGACACCAUGGCCAUAUCUGAGGUGGGGACGGUGCGGUACAUGUCUCCUGAGGUUCUGGGCGGAGCUCUGAACCUCAGAGACUGCGAGUCGGCGCUGAAGCAGGUCGACGUCUACGCCCUGGGUCUGCUGUACUGGGAGAGCUUCAGGAGGUGCUCCGACCUGUUCCCAGGGGAAACAGUACCAGAGUACCAGCUGGCGUUCCAGGCUGAGCUCGGGAACCAUCCGAGCUUCGAGGACAUGCAGACCCUGGUGGUCAGAGAGAAAUACAGACCCAGAUUCCCUGAAGCCUGGAAGGAGAACAGCCUGCUGCUGCGCUCGCUGAAGGAGACGAUGGAGGACUGCUGGGAUCAGGAUGCUGAAGCUCGGCUCACGGCUCAGUGUGCAGAGGAGAGGCUGUAUGAACUCACACUGCUGAGUACACACACUGCAGUACACAACCACAGGAAUCUGUCUCAUGGUCGCUGGCCUCCUCACGGUGGCUCCACCUCCCCCUACAUUGAGGAUCUCCAGGUGGGUGUGGUCAAAAACCUCCAGGGCGAUGGCCACCAGGCAUCAGUCAUCAGGACAACCGCUAGUGGAGCAGAAGGUGGCGAGAAGAACAGGAACUCCAUCAACUACGAGCGGCAGCAGGCGCAGGCUCGGCUGUCCACAGACAGCAGCAUGUCGACCACCACCAGCCUCACACCGGCCACCUUACUGUCCACCAUCUCUGAAUCUCACCACGCAGGUGGCUCCGUACCCAGUGUCCCAGUGUGUCUGCAUCUCACAGAAGAAGACCUGGAGGCCACCAAGCUCGACCCCAAAGAGGUGGAUAAGAACCUGAGGGAAAGUUCUGAUGAAAACCUGAUGGAGCAUUCACAGAAGCUGUUUGGUUUGGAGGCACAAAUGGGCAGCGAGCUGCACCUUCAGGUGAACAGCGUGGAUACUCCUCCUUCCUCCUCCAUCCACCCACUCCCCAAACAGCAGAACCUGCCUCAGAGGCCCACCAGUCUCCACCUGCUACCCAAAGUCAAGGAGAGCGGCUCCACCUCUUCACGGCUGAAGCUGGGGAAGUUCAAGUCCAACCACCGACAGGUGGAAACAGGUGUUGCUAAGAUGAACACGGUGACCGUUGCUAUGGCUGCAGAGCCACACCUGGUAACUACGGUUACCAACAGUGCAAACAUGAGAAGCGGUGCUGCAGCUGGGAGAGAAGUCCUCCCCAUCACAGUGGCCGGCAGCAGUUACAGCGCGGGCGUCCCCACCCUGGUGACUAACGGUAUGAUAGGCGGAGGUCGAACCAACCCAGCGGGACCGCAGGUGGAGGAGGAGGAAGAGAAGAUGGAGGGAGGGAUGAGAGGAGAAGACAGCCGCCUGAAUCUGCUCAACUUCAGUCCUGAUGAACACGAACCCCUGCUGAGCAGAGAGCAGCUUCCUGCUGAGAGCGAACCCCUUCCUCCUCCCGCUCUUCAUCAUCACAGCCGGGCUGGAGGUGUCUUAUCGGGACGAGGGUCGAACUCCAACAACAACAACAACAGGCUCGCUCUGGCUUCAUCAGCUGAACCUGACCUAGAACAUAAAAUUCAACUGUCCUCACUGCAGGCCCCUCGCUCCACCCAUGCUAGGAGUGACGGUGUAGAUACAGGUCCACGUUUCCAGGAAGUUGCUGAAAUGAUGUUGACCCCCAAAUAUACUCAAAAUUCAAAGGACCAACCAGUCCACUGUCCUGCCACUGCUAAGCUCCAAGGCUGCAAAGAUCCAGAUCCUGACUCAGCAAAAACUAAACAAGGAGUGGGUCCAGAAGCUCCGGUAACCCAGGCCCCACAAGCACCUGAAGCCCCAACCCCAAUUACAGAAGCCUUAAACUUAGAUACAUUAGUCCUCACUCCGAAACCUUCAUCACCAGAAACUCUGCGGUCUCCAGUCUCAGAUCCAAGACCUAAAGCCUCAGAGCCAGGAGCUUCAGCUCUAGAAGAGCAAGCCCAAGAAGAUCCAGCUUCAGGAUCUCAAGAUUCAGACACCACAGCUCCAGCAGAAGCUUCGGCUCUGCAAGGUUCAGCCUUAGAACCACACACACCAGGUCUGAUGCAGUCCCAGGCGGGACAGAACAAAGCCAGGAGGCCUCAACGCCCCUGUUCCCUGGACCUGUCCUCUACCUGCAUCUCCACAGAUGAUGCUUCAGUGAUGGAUAACGGCAGUCUGAGCGCCUCAGGAGAGAAAAUCAAGCGUCGGGUCAAGACUCCAUACACCCUGAAAAAAUGGCGGCCGGCCUCUUGGGUGGUUUCCACGGAUACAGCUCUUGACACGGACUUUGACUUCAACACCAGUAGCAGCAGCAGCCACAACCAGUUCUCUUCCAGUCUGCGCAGAGCGGGAAGCGUCGGCAUCCCCAGAUUCAACCAGUCUAAAUCCAGCAUGGCUGUGUUUUUGGUUGGAGGCGGAGCCACGGCGACCACCACCUCUGAGCCUGACGGGAUGACCUGCUUCUAGUCUUUAAAAGUUUUCUUUUCUUGAAGAUCAGAUUCUUUUUCCUGCUCUUUGUCUUCCUCUCCUUUUUUUUGUGGAAAACUGAGACCGUAGCUAUCCGCAGUGUUUGCAGCACUGAACCCAGAGCCGAACACGGGAUGGAAAAUCAGACCUGCUGCCGGAGCGGUGCAUCACAUUCCGGGACUGGAUUUCUAUUUGUAUCCAUUUCUUCAUGGACAAGGAUUAUUGGACUGCUGACAGGUUACUUGGAUUAAAUUACCUGUGAUGUUGUGUUGUGAUGAGGUCACAUGAUUUUCUUACUUCUAAUUGGUUCCUGUUGUGACUGGUUCUCUGGCUGGUGGGUGUGGCCAGCUCUUUGUGGGGAAACUUUGUUGGAUAAGUGAAGGAAUUUCUUUCUGGAACACUUCUAGGGAAUUCCUGUCGUAGGCAGAAAUGUCACUGAACACCGGCUCGAGCUGCUCCUGAGAUCCUAUCUGAGUACCUGCAGUCUGCCUCUGUUGGUGACCUCUUUAUCGCUGACCUUGUCUUCGGACCGAAGCUGAAACCUAAAGCUCAGCAUCUCCAGGCUCCAGCUGUGACUGUUGUUUUGGUCGGUGGUUUUCCUCCAUAUUACCUGAGUAAUAUCUGCUUUCUGUUUCCUGUAAUGAGACAGAUGUGGCCAGCUGCUGAAGGGUGCAGUCUGGAGAUCUUCACAGGUCGUUGUGGUUCACUCGAACCAGAGUUAGACUCCAGUUGGUUGUGUUGUGUUACUGCCAUGGAUCUUAUAUGUGUGUCGCUGUGUACCUCAGAGGGAUCUGAAGGGACUCUCAGCUGUGCUGCUGCUGGUGGAGGUGGAACAGGACAGUGUAGCUGUGUUGGGGUUUGGGACUGGGGAGGCCUUCCCCUCUGGGCUGGGAGGUGGUACAUGUAGUUUUAAUCAGUGUGACCCGACAUGAUAUUAUCAAAAUGGCAGUCAUAUUUUUUAUGCACUUUAUGUUAUUAAGGGAAGUCGCAGACGUAUACCUGGUGCAGUUCUUGUGGAGGACAGUCUGUGUUUGUGUGUCUUUGUGCAGUCACGUGGGAUUUAAAAGAGGCGUUUUUGCUUGAAACAGUGAAUCUAGCUAUGCAGCCGCUCACGAUGCCUCCUCCUGUCGAUGGUCUGUUUGGCUCAGAUGUGCAGCAGAUCGACAAGCUUAUUUUUUUUUAUCCGCACUUUGUUUUAUGAAAGAGUCUCACCUGCCUUCAGAGGUUUGCUGUAAUCACCACGUUCACGCUGUAAGGACAAAGAAAGAAAGUCAUCACAAAAACAUCUGGAGAACAAAAGAGAAACGAGCCACCGACCUGUGCAGUUAUUAACCCUCGGCCACGUACGACCUCCUCAGGUAACCGCACUGACAGGAACACCUGUUUUCUUUGUGGAGAUAAAAGAAGCAGAAAUGCUCCUGUGAGCGUCUCCAAAGCUUCACGUUGGUCUGUGUCGGCUCCCAUGCAGCCUUCAGCCCAUCACACGGUCAGCUGCUCGUGCCUCACGUUAGCGUCUCCAGUGAGCGCGCUCAGUCACGUCUCUGCUCCCUGCUCUACCUGCAGGUAAACGCGUCCAUCAUCACUGAUUCCAGCACAGGUGGUUCUGAAGUCUGCUGAGAGGAAAACAAACGACAGCAGUGCAGACUGGAGCGUUCCAGCUAAAUUAAAUCUCCUGAGAUGUUUGAGGCAAUUUAUCUGUACGUGCUUCUCAAGGAACACGACAGUACUUCUGUUAAAUCACAAUUAAAUAAGCUCCAUACCUCUGACAGAGGACGUGGGUUCAGUCCUUCAGGUGUCCUCACAGCUGCACCUGAGCUGGAUCAGCUCGUCAUCGAGCCUACAGCACGUAUGUUCUGCAUAGAUCCACAUGAACCACAGCACUUUAUUUUAGCACACUGUGCAGUACAAACGUACCCAACAAUAAUCGUAAUAUGAGCGCUUCAAAUUCAGUCUAAUCAGACAGUGCGAUGCUCACUGUUUGACCGGCCAAUCAGAAAAAUGCAUCUUAACGUGUCUCAGAGUUACACGUGUGUGCGUCUGACGGCUCCUUCUAAAUGUGCGUUUUCUUAGAUGGAGUUUGUGUUUAGAAAGAAGCAGGACGGACAGUUUUCACAUCAUCCUUUUUAUUUCUUUGUUUCUGUUUCAGAUUUUAUACCGAGCAGAGACUCUUUGUGAUCCAGUUUCUCUGAAGCUUUCUUUGAACAGCUGCUUUUAUGAAUGCACGCUGUAGUCUUUCAGAUUUAUAUAAAUAUAUUUAUGUCACAUAUCUCCUUUAAACGUGCACUUACUACAGGAAGUUCGUGACCUUUAGCACAUUUCAAACUAAAGAUAUUACAGCUCAGUACAGUCAGCUGCCACUGAAAUAUGCUCAUACUGUUAUUUAACUUUAUUGAUGCCUUUUAAAAGUAUCUGUUUUGUUAUGUAUGUAUUUUAUACUGUUUGUACUGUUUUUAGAUGCUGAUGUGUACAUAUUGUACGUGCCCUGAGGAUUCAUAUCAUGCAGUAUGUGAAGGCAGGUGUAUGUGACCAGGACUAGCUGUAGAUCUGUCACACUUCCUGUCUACAACCAGAACGUGACCAACAGAUAAUUGAUCAUUUCCACUGAGCAAAGGUCGUGAAGAGGCUCUGGGUUAACUCAGACUCUCUCCAGCAUGGAUGGAUUGAGGAACUCUGCAUGCUGUGUUCAAAGCAGGAGCCCAAUGAGCAACCUUCAGAAAAUGCUGAGGUUUCAGAAGCUUCUUCGUGCUGUCGUUGGCUCUACAGAGCAUGCUCAGUAGCAGGUUGAAGACUCCAGCCUUGUCUGCCCAUUGGGGCCAGGAGCGCAUGCAAAAUGGGAAAAAUCACGUCUGUCUCCGAGCUGUGACACGUUAGUUAAUAAAAUCUUCAUUUGUAGCAUCGGCUGAGCAGUGCCAACAGCGGCCUCUGUGGCCACAAGUGGUAAUUACAGGUUUCCAGACAACACAAACCAGCAACUUCAUUGUGAUCGAAAACUAGCCAACAGGAACGAGGCUGUCUGCUAAGUCCCGCCUCUUGUGCUCCUUCAGCACUGACUGCUGAGCUAGCUUUGUACAGCUAGCUGAAGAAACUGCUUGAAUAUCAGCUGUGUCCAAAUUCAGGGUCUGCAUCCUUCACAGCCCAUGAAGACCGCAAGGUGAGCGGCUGUGAAACUGGACAGUCUAGCCUUCAUAUCUGCAUCGCAUCAUUGGAGCACUUUUUUGCAAUUAAGCGAUAUCUUGUAAAAUGAGAAAAUAUUUGAGGUUUACACGUCUACGUGCUCGCCUGAGAACAUCUUCAAAGUGUAUUUUCUGUCACAGAAACAGUCAUAUUUCAAACUUUUUUGACUGCUCUCCUCCACCAUUACCGUGUUUGAGUUUUGCUGUGCAGUGAAUCAUGGGAUAUGGUAGGAUACACCAGACCCAUCCUUCAAAUUCUAGAAAAAAAGGACAAAUUUGUCGGAGUCUGAAUUUGGACAGCCUCCAUUGCCUCGCUGUGACGUAAUCGACCUACAGAUGCGGCCUUCGAAGGAUGCGGCCCUGACCUUGGACACAGCGAUCAUCUCACAGAGGAGGGCACUGAAAUGGAAGAGACGCCGGUCUCCCGUUACCAUCAACGUGAUUUAAAAUAGGUGCGCAUUGUUGCUUUGAUGCAUCCAUGUUGUAGAGAGAGAGGAGGCCCAUCGAGCCUGCAGCGUUUGCUAACUGAGCGAUAGCGCUCGGUCUCGCUCUCCUGUUUGGAACUCUGACUCGUAGCUUCUGCGUGGUGAUGUCAGAGUUUCACAGGUAAAGAACGACACAGAUGUUAGCAUACUGGCUGCAGAGCUACCGGCGCUCAUACCACAGACAGUAUGAAAGACGUGAUGUUGCCCGUUGGUUUCUGAAGCCCCCAGAUGAUCAUGUGAUCAUUUUAGAACCGCUCAGUGAUUAGCUGACAGUUUGUCCAAAACAAGCCGAAAUUUAUAAAAUUAACUUUUAUUCAGUUUAUCCUGAAAUGAGUGAUAGAGCCCACAGACUCAUCAGGAAGGUGCUCACUGAGGUCAGAGGGAAGUUUCCCCUCUUGUUGCACCUGCAGCUAUCGCCCCCUGGUGACCAUUAAAAAGAGUGCAAGUCUGCUUUGGCUUCAGUUCUCAGCAGCUUUUAGCUUUUAUACUGCCUGUGAGAGUUACAGGAGAUGUAAAUCAACAGCGUUUAGAUCUGGUUUUAUUAUCGAAACACCUGCAGGAGGUUCUUUGUGUAACAUUUAGCUUGUGGCUGAUGUCGUACGCCGGUGAGGUUCCCUUUAAAGUCUUUGUAGCUCAUGUAGUCCUCAUCAUUCUCAGAGAUUAAACUGUCCAUCUGUACAAACACAUUUAGGAUGAACAUAUUCAGCACAUUUAGCCUGCUGCAUGAAGCAUCACAUGACUGAACUUCUGUCAUUGGUCGGUUCGGACCGCCUGCUGGUGUCUGUGUUCCCGGGUUGGGGGGAGUGGAUGAUGUAGAUCUAACCUGAUGUUUCAGCUGCUCUUUGUCCUCCAGGACGUCUGUCUGAACAUUUCCUGGAACCAUCCAUGUGUAUGUAUGAUACUUUUCCAGUACUGUAAAUACUCUGUAUACUUUCAUAUGGGACCAACUACCACCACUGUAUACUGUUGCGUUGUAUUCUUCUUCUUGUUAACACCUCCAAACACGCACACAGCACCUCCCACAAUGCAUGCUGUACAAACCUGCAGGUUAUAAGCCGGUGCUUCAUACUCCCAUCCCCACCUGCUCUGUCUCCAUGUAGAGGAAACAUAAAGUAUCACACGCUUCAGUUCAUCAUGAAAUAAAGAGCAGAGGAUGAGUGUG